AUGGCUGAUGGAAAUAUAACACCUGACGUUCUAGAACAUUUAUCUCAAAGAACUACACAGAACCAUAAAGAUGGUAUAUUUGGUGAAGAGUUUAGAAAGAAAGUUAGGGAGAGAGAAGGAAGAGAACCUAUUGUACAUGACCUUGCAAACGAAAGUUUGCAAAAUGUCAUAAAAACUUACUUUGCAUACGAUGAACUGAGAAGGGAUGAAUAUUUAAGAAAACUCAAAUGGACAGUACCAAAUGAAAUGUUAGUAUUGAAAAACAUGUUCCUUGACAAAAUAAAACCAACUACAGAAAUAAACGACGCAAGACUGAAAGAUUGGGUAAAAGCUUUCCCAUUCACAAAAGAUAUAGUUGGUAACAUGGAAAGAAAACCAGAAUGGCUACAAAAACAUAUAUUUGGAAACGAGCAUAUUCCAUAUGGACAGGCACUGUUUGAAGAGCUUGAACCGGAAACUCAGGAAAGAGUCAUGCAAACAAUACGCGAAGACUCAAAUACAAACUAUGACAAACUCUUUCUAGGAUAUAGGUUACCUGAGAUGGGCGACCAGAGCCCAAAGGCAAAAAGGACAUGA